AUGACUUGUUUUGUGUCACGUUAUUCCCUUCGUCGCCCAAUGGUCCUGUUGUUGAGCAGGGUAUCCAUAUCAAUCAGAGUCUCCCUAGUUCUUGGUCUCUGCAGCUGGGAGUUGCAUCGAGUCAUGUUCAACAGAAGGCCAACGAGAACCAUUCAAGAUUCAAUACCGGCUGCUGGGAAGAGAUACUAUGGAGGUACUUAUAAGGCCACCACGAAAGAGCUUUCCGAGAGUCCGGUCAGAAUCCCGCCCGAUCUCCGGCCAGGCCAUAGGGCUCUGAGCCAGCGCCCGACAACAGGGCACCGGUCAAGACAAUUUAGACCGCAAUCGCCGCCGUUUACCUAUAUUAGGGAACUCAUGUCGCUAUCCUAA